AUGAACAAGUUGGUGAAGAGUGCCCACGUGGAUGCAAACACACCGCUUCAUCAAUUUGCAAAGCAAAUGAUGAAGCUCCUGCAUAGUAGGAAGAUGAAAGAGGCCAAAGAGGCACUUGGAUGCAUGGGUCAAAAGGAUACAACUACAUUGUAUAUGUUUGAAAUAAGAGUUGCAAGGGCAUACACUAGAGCUGUGAUGACAAGGUUUCAGGAGACAGUAAAAUAUGCAACUGCAUACCGAAUAGACCGUGAUACAGAGGGUGAGGAACAUGAUUGGGUGGUGAAACAUACUACAAGAUCAAAUAAAAUUGUUUGGGGUCAACACCAAUUCAAGAUAAGGGCUGAUGUGGAUGCCGGAAAGUAUUCAUGUGAGUGCAAGCAUUGGGAGCAUACAGGUCUAUUUUGUGUUCAUCUUGUACGCGCUUUCAUGCAUCUACAAAUUGAAAGGAUCCCAAGUGAGUAUAUUUUGCAACGAUACACAUACUCCGCGCGUCAAGAUGUGGCUUUUUCAAGAGACGAUAGGAAUUUGAAAGGAAAAGAUGGAGAAACUAGAUCAUAUAGACAGAAGAUGUUGCUUAAAAAAGCAAUGAAAGUAGUACACCAUGCGAGUAUGUCUAAAGCUGGGAAUGAUAAAGCCCUAGAGAUGAUGGACGAAUUAUUAGGGUUAUUGAUGCGUGUGGAGCCUGAUAUAGGUACUGGUGAGAGUUGUGGCACAAGUGUUUGCGAUGACAUCCAGGUCGAAGCGUAUGAAACAGAAGAAAUGGCUAUAGACAACUUACGCAAAUUAGAUGAUGGGAACGAGGUAUGGAACAGAUCUUUAUAA